UUUCCAUAACCAAACACACACUGUGCCCACAUAUGGCAGCUGUCUCCAGCCCAUUUCCCCUCUUUAUAAACCCAUCUCACUCUUCAAAUCAAACCUCACCACCACCUCCUCCACUUUACCUCUACCUCACCGCAAUGUCGACACCACACUCCUUCUUCUUCCUCCUCUCUGUAGUAUUCACUUGUUUUGCUUUACUUUCAGUUUCAGCAGAACAACAACAAAUGCAAACACUGACCACAAAACAUCCUGAAUAUAUCAACCCAAAGCUUCCUCCAAGAACACUUUCUUCCUCUAAAAAAUUCGAAGGCUCAUCGGAUUUGGUCAACCUCCGUUACCACAUGGGCCCCGUUCUCUCUUCUUCUCCCAUAAACAUCUACCUCAUCUGGUAUGGCAAGUGGGCAAAUUCCCAAAAGCUCCUCAUCAAAGACUUUAUUCUCUCCAUCUCCUCCACCACCCCAUCAACCAAAACCGCCGCCAAACCCUCCCCCACUCCCUCAGUCUCCCAGUGGUGGCAAACUGUCUCUCUUUACACCGACCAAACCGGCGCUAACGUCUCCAGAACCAUCCUCAUUGCCGGCGAGUAUGCAGACCACGCUUACUCGCAUGGUAACCAGCUCACGAGACUGUCCGUACAGCAGGUGAUAGCCUCGGCGGUAAAGUCAGCGCCUUUCCCCGUCGACCACAAGAACGGAAUCUACCUGAUACUCACGGCGCCGGACGUUACAAUGCAAGAUUUUUGCAGAGCCGUUUGUGGGUUCCAUUACUUCACUUUUCCGUCGAUGGUGGGUUACACUUUGCCGUACGCCUGGAUCGGCAAUUCCGCGAAGCAAUGCCCCGAAGUUUGCGCUUACCCUUUUGCGGUGCCGGGGUACAUGGGCGGAGGUGGGCCGCAGGCGUUGAAGCCGCCGAACGGCGACGUGGGUGUGGACGGGAUGAUAAGUGUGAUAGCUCACGAGCUCGCUGAGCUGUCCACGAAUCCAUUGGUGAAUGCGUGGUACGCCGGGGAGGAUCCGACGGCUCCGAUGGAGAUUGGCGACUUGUGUGAAGGGCUGUACGGGACAGGUGGCGGUGGAGGGUAUAUCGGUCAAGUGAUGAAAGAUGGAGGAGGGAAGACUUUCAAUAUGAAUGGAAGGAAAGGGAGGAAGUUUUUGGUUCAGUGGAUUUGGAGUCCUGUGUUGAAAGCUUGUGCUGGUCCUAAUGCUCUCGAUUAGGAAAGUUAAAAAAUAAAAAAUGAAUCUUGAUUUUUGGAGAUUUUUCAUUUUUCAUUGUUUUAUUAGUAUAUUUAGAUGUAUAAAGAGGGUCUUUUUACAAUGUUUACUUACAUAAUCUAUUCAUAUCUAUAAUAGACUUGAAAUUUUCAUUUCCAA